AUGUUGGACGAGAACCUCCCCGCCUUUUUCUAUCGAAACUCGCCUGACGGCAUAGCACACCACAAAGGCAUCUUCUUUUCUAUUCGCGGAUCCGAUCCAAGCCCCGCAUACAGCUUGAGGCACGGCGACCCCGCCACCUCGCGCAAUUGCUAUGCUGCCGGUCUGUUCGACUGUUACAAUCCCGAAGUCUUAUAUGGAGAAGUCCUGAUCAAGCCGCAAUGGACUCACCCUUCUUUGUCACAAGAGGAGAUUCGACUCAAUGGCGGUGUACCACCUCCGCCGUCGCCCAUCCUGCCCACUCAAUUCACUGUGCAGUUGUACAACCCUGACCUACAAGUAGUAGUGACUCAGAAGCCUGGUAGUUGGGGAGGUAGUGCCUCGUAUGAGUUUAGCUUGCCUCAGCUCGUCUUUCGCACACCAUCGGCUUCAACUCUGGACCGGACUCAAGAUGACCCUGCUGCCUCGUCGGUCACGCCCAAACUCAACUUUGUGUGGCGCAAGGAAAGCAAACUCUCCAAGGACCUCACGGCCUACAUGACUGGCAAGUCGACUGAUGAGGUUGUCAAGAAGAAGCACCGAGACCCAGACAUCAUUGUCGGUCUGUUCCGCGCUCUCCGCGAGUUGACCGUCUACGAGCCGAACCUCUAUCGUGUCGAGUUGGAGGAUCCCAAGGGCCUUGAGCUGGUACUGCUACUUUCUGCCGCUGUCAUCAAAGACCUCUACUUCGCCAAUGACAUCAACCAAAUCUUUAACGUCUCCGAUCCUUGUCGUCUUGCUUCCCUACCCACCGUGGCCUCGCCUUCUCCUCUAGCCGCCAAUGCCGAUCGGCGCAAGUCUUUGCCUCGCCUACGAACUAGUCCAUCUGGAGCUGCCACAACUCAACGUCCUCCACUCGCAGGCGUUGGUACCGCUUCCGCCCCCGACCCUCGAACACAAUGGGAACUAGAUGCUGAAACUGCUCGUUUGCGCGCCCAAGUUGAGGCUGAAGAAAGAGAAAUGAAGAGACAGGAAGCCGCUCGUCGUCGGGAAAGAGAAAAGGCAGAUGAAGCAGAGACCCGACGUCUACGAAAGAUGGUGGAGGAAGAAGAGCGCGAAGCCCGUCGUCGGCAGGAAGAGGUCGAUCGCGAGACAGAAAGAUUACGGAAACAAUACCGUCUCCAGCCACCUUCGCCAGUAAACAACCAGCACAGGCAUUCUGCACCUUCGUUACCUAUUCAGCAACAAGCUGGACCUUCGCGCGCUGUGCCUGUGGCUCCUAAUUAUGGCAGCAAUGGGAUGAUCAUGAGUGGAGGCAAUCCGCAUAUACCUCCUGUCGCUGCACCACCAAAGAUGAAGAAGAAGAGCUUCUGGGGAUUACGGAGCAACAGCGAUCAAGGCAAUUCGAGUAACAACAAACUGAGUAAGAAGAGCAGUGCUGUUUGGUGA